ACUGAGAGUCCAGCCAAAUCUCAGCAGAUUCACCGUGGCAUCUGUCAUAAGGGCAUUCAGACUGGAAAACAGGAUUGAGGGUCGAGUACAACGAGGAGGAAGGGCUCCCAUUUUCACACCACUGCAGGAGAGGGAGAUUGUGAAUAUGGUUUUGGCAAAUAAUGCCAUCAGGCUUCGUGAAAUCCAGGCCAAAAUUAUUGAAGACCAAAUCAUUUUUCAGAACGUGAAUCAGGUCUCUCUGUCCACCAUAGCUCGUAUCCUGAAGGCACAUCAGGUACAAAUGAAACAGAUGUACCGAGUGCCUUUUGAGAGGAACUCGGAGAGGGUCAAACAGCUGCGGCAUGAGUAUGUGGAGAGAGUCUUACAAAUGGAUGCUGAGGCCAUUCAGCAUGAGUACAUCUACAUAGACGAGGCGGGGUUUAACCUCUCAAAGGUCAGAAGGAGGGGAAGAAAUGUAAUUGGCCAGAGGGCAAUUAUUAGUGUCCCGGGGCAACGUGGGGGUAACAUCACCCUUUGCGCGGCAAUCACCCAGAAUGGGGUCCUCCACCGCCAUGCCAACAUGGGUCCGUAUAAAACCCCUCACAUCCUUGCAUUUUUAGACAGAUUAUACAACCUCACAAUCAAUAACAUACAGAUCCAAUACAUUGUCACCUGGGACAAUGUUUCAUUCCACCGCUCUGCUCUGGUUCAGAACUGGUUUACACAGCACCCAAAUUUCACAGUCCUUUUCCUGCCACCAUAUUCACCAUUUCUUAACCCAAUUGAAGAAUUUUUCUCGGCAUGGCGGUGGAAGGUUUACGAUCUGCACCCCCUGGCUCGGGUAGCCCUCGUUCAGGCCAUGGAGGAGGCCUGUGACCAGGUUGAGGCCACAGCCAUACAGGGGUGGAUAAGGCAUGCACGGCGAUUCUUUCCCCGCUGUCUGGCGAAUGAGGAUAUCGCCUGUGAUGUAGAUGAGAUUCUCUGGCCAUAUCCAGCUAGGAGAAGAGACCAACAAUAG